AGCCGAGGUUCAAGACAUUACCGUGUGUGUGUGUGCUGUGUGCUGUGUGUGUAUCCAGUGAAAAAACACCCCAAGACGGACUGGCACAGUUUUUCUAGCCGUACCAAUGUGUGUGGCCUAUACAUAUACAGUAUUAACCCGGGCGGAAUCAUCUCAUGGACACAACACUGUGUCGAAAAUGAAGGAAUAAUCGGGAGGAGACACACGGCCGAGGCUCGUCUGUAGCUUUUUUUGUUGAGUGGGAUCACAGCUGCUGGCUACGAAAAUGUCGGGGAAAAUAGAGAGCAAGCAAGACUCGCAGCGGUCCCAUCUGUCCUCCUUCACCAUGAAACUGAUGGACAAGUUCCACUCUCCCAAGAUCAAGAGGACUCCAUCCAAGAAGGGCAAGCAGCUGCAGCCCGAGCCGGCAGCCAAGAGCACCGAGAAACCUUCCAACAAGAAGGUGAGUCGGCUGGAGGAGCAUGAGAAGGAUGUGGUCAGUGCUCUGCGCUACUUCAAGACCAUCGUGGAUAAGAUGGUGGUGGAGAAGAAGGUUCUGGAGAUGCUGCCCGGCUCUGCCAGCAAGGUGCUGGAGGCCAUCCUGCCUCUGGUGCAGGUGGAGGCCCGGAUCCAGCACAGUUCGGCGCUGUCUUCCUGCCAUAAUCGCGUCUAUCAGAGUCUGGCCAACCUCAUCCGUUGGGCGGACCAGGUGAUGCUGGACGGCAUCGACCUGGAGGACAAAGAGAACGUGGCGUCGGUCACCAGCGUCAUCAAAGCCGUGCUGGAUGGAGUGAAGGAAUUGGUGAAGCUGACCAUAGAGAAACAGGAGCAGCCGUCGCCCACCACCCCUAACAAACCAGCCCCACCCGCUCCCCUAGCAGAGAGCAGCGUGUCGUCGGAGCUGCCCUCCAUAGGUCUGGAGCAGGAGGUCCCCCCUCAGACGGCUCCGGCUGCCCCCCCUGCAGAGGAGGCUUCUGAAAUACCAGAGGAGGAGGUGGCCCCUCCCAAACCCCCCCUGCCUGAGGCCAAAAUGGCAGAGCUCAGAGCACAGUUGAGUGCUGGCGCGGGCCAAAGGAGAUCCUCUCAGAAGGAGAACCCUCCCCCAGCUCUCCCCCCUAAGAAGCGGCAGUCGGCCCCCUCACCCACGCGGGUUGCAGUCGUGGCCCCGAUGAGUCGCGGCUCCAGUUUACCCUGCAGCGUCCACAGACAGCAGCAGGACUAUGAGCAGGAGUUCCUGCAGAGGCGGUUCUCCGGGGGGAGCCAGUCGUACGGGGGGGACUCUCCACGCCUCUCGCCCUGCAGCAGCAUGGGGAAGCUCAGCAAGUCGGACGAGCAGCUCUCCUCCAUGGAGCAGGACAGUGGUCAGUGUUCUCGUAACACCAGCUGUGAGACGCUUGACAACACAGAGAGUUACGACCCGGACUACGACUUCCUGCACCAGGACCUGUCGGCGGGGGAGAACCUGCCCCCCAUCCCAGUGGGGGGGUGCCUGAGCCCCCUGCCCGAGUCUCACAGCGAGUCCUCCUCCCCCGUCCCCGGACAGCACCCCUCACACCCCCGCUUCAGUGCCCCCCCUCCCCAGCAGCAGCCAGAAUACUGGACCCCCCAGACCCACCACCCCAACCCCCUGCUGUUGUCCCGCCUCAGUGCUCCCCCCGCCCUACCCCAGAAGAAGCGCCGCAGCACCCCGUCGCCCUUCCCCGACGGGGGGUCCAGGGUGCUGUAUGAGCGGUACCCCUCCCAAUAUGAUAACCUAUCAGAAGAGGAGCUGCACCCCACGCCACCGUUCCCCCUCUUCACCCCCAUCUCCCCCAUGCCACAGACAAACGGGGGGGUGUUUGUCUCCCAGUACAUCACCGGCGAGAACGCAGAUGUUGCCUCUAGCCCCCCCCCACUACCAGAGAAAAAGAGCAGACACAUCCUCCAGUACAUGCAGUUUGUGGAGGACUACUCGGAGCCGCAGCCCUCCAUGUUCUACCAGAUGCCGCAGAGCGAGAGCAUCUACGAGCAGCGCAACAAGCGCUUCCAGGAGGUGUACUGCUUCAACGACUCCUUCAGCAGCACCGACUCGGUGCACGAGCCCGUGCUGCCCCCCGCUCUGCCGCCCAAACAGAGGCAGCUGGCCUCCCACUCUUCCUCCCCCUCUUCCUCCUCCUCCUCUUCUCUCUCCUGCCACCUCCAGCCGUCUGUGGCGGCGAUGGAGGAGGCGGGCUCUGGGCUGGGCCUCAGCAUGUCCGUUUCUAACUCCUACCUGAUUGGCCAAGCUUCUUUGAACACACCCACGAGCUUGGACCAGGUUGCCUUGACCAAUGCCACCAUUCUGGAUGGCAGUGGGGGGGGCGGGCCCAACGGUUCCCUGGCCGGCUCAAUGGGCUCUGUGGCUGUCUGUCUUCCUUCUGAGUCUUCUCUUACUGACUCGCUCCACACCUCAUCGAGCGAGUGCGCAAACGACGAGGGCGGGGAGGGCGAGUACGUCAACUUGUACUCAUCCAACCAGGCCAAUGGGGAGCUGCCUCGCUCCCUCAGAGAAUCAAUCACAGCUGACGAUGUGCUCCAGGAUCCCUCCCCUCAGAUCCCCUCCACCAAUAGCAAAGAGGCUCUGGACAAGGAGAGGAGACAGAAGUCACCAGAAUCGGCUGGCAGCGAUGAGGAGGACGUGGACGAGCUCUCCCUCAUCGACCACAAAGAGAUCAUGAGCAGGAUAACACUAAAACAAGCGAAUGACGACGGGCCUGACGUCCGUGCUGGAUCGGGAGAUAUUCUAUUGGUGCACGCUACAGAAACAGACCGCAAAGAUCUUGUUUUGUACUGUGAAGCCUUUCUGACUACGUAUAGGACUUUUAUAACCCCAGAGGAACUCAUUAAGAAGCUACACUACAGAUACACCAGGUUCUGCCACAGCCCCGACACCUUCAAGAAGAGAGUCAGCAAAAACACCUUCUUCGUGCUGGUGAGGGUGGUGGACGAGCUGUGCCUGGUGGAGCUGACGGAAGACAUCCUGAAGCAGCUGAUGGACCUGGUGUUCACGCUUGUCUGUAACGGAGAGCUCAGCCUCGCGCGGGUCCUCCGGAAGAACAUCCUGGAUAAAGUGGAGCAGAGGAAGCUGCUGCGCUACACCAACUCCCUCAAACCGCUCGCUGCCCGGGGGGUCUCUGCAAGGCCAGGGACGCUCCAUGACUUCCGCAGUCACGAAAUCGCUGACCAGCUCACUCUCCUUGAUGCUGAGCUCUUCUAUAAGAUCGAGGUACUUGAGAUUCCAGAGGUGCUGCUCUGGGCGAAGGAGCAGAACGAGGAGAAGAGUCCGAACCUGACGCAGUUCACAGAGCACUUUAACAACAUGAGCUAUUGGGUCCGCUCUCUGAUCAUUCAGCAGGAGAAAGCCCAGGACAGAGAGAAGCUGCUUCUCAAGUUCAUUAAGAUCAUGAAGCACUUACGGAAGUUGAAUAAUUUCAACUCUUACCUGGCAAUCCUGUCCGCCCUGGACUCGGCGCCCAUCCGGAGGCUGGAGUGGCAGAAGCAGACCUCCGAGGGAUUGGAGGAGUACUGCACGUUGAUUGACAGCUCGUCGUCCUUCAGAGCGUACCGAGCUGCUCUCUCUGAGGUGGAGCCCCCCUGCAUCCCCUACCUGGGUCUCAUCCUGCAGGACCUGACCUUCGUCCACCUGGGGAACCCCGACUUCAUCGAGGGGAAGGUGAACUUCUCCAAACGCUGGCAGCAGUUCAACAUCCUGGACAGCAUGCGGCGCUUCCAGCAAGUGCAUUAUGAUCUGAAGCGCAACGAAGACAUCGUGUGCUUCUUCAACGACUUCAGCGACCACCUGGCGGAGGAGGCGCUGUGGGAGCUGUCGCAGAAGAUCAAACCCAGGAACAUCACCAGGCGCAAGACGGAGCGUGAGGAGAAGACCUAGGGCCCCCGGGGGCCGGCUAAACUGACCUCCAACUGUGCUUCAUAACACUAACUCCACUUUACUACAGACUGAGAGACAGAGACGAAUGGAAGCUAAUGGGAGACUCACUGCAGGGGGAUGCAGAACAAACUACAGCGGAGGUUUACAGAGAGCUGCUGCUCGGGAGAUUAUAAAUUGGGAUUACUGUGACUGUAGAGAGGAAGCCGAGGAGGGGUCACACAGAGCGGACAGGGAGACGGAAAUAACCAAAGUCUGCUCCCUGGGCUCUCUGUCUUCGUGAGAAUGAGCUGUCCAUUUCUCUCCCGAGAUUCUCCUUCCUCUUCCUUUUAUGUAUGUGCCAUUUGUCGGUCAUCCUCUGCAUUGACUUAUGAGUUUCCCCUCAAAACAGCGGACCCUCGAGAGCAGAGAACUGGGACAGUCCGCUGGGGGAUCUAAACUCAGAGAGGAUGGCCAUCACAGACUGGAACCUGAGUUUUUGGAAACAUUUUGUGUAAGAAUCAUGUAUUAUAUACAGUGCUCCUUUUGUUCUUAAAAAGGAUGUUUAUGAGAAGAGCUUAGCUUCUCCCAAAGUGCCAUACGUAUGUGCACUCAAAAAAAGCUAAGCAAAAACCACAAAAAAGUACAAAUUACUAAAGAUGCUGUGAUCUAUGUAAUGUCAUACUGAAUGCCGUGCUCACGUGUAGAGAACCAUCCGGCAGUCACGAUCAUGUCCCGGUCACCUUGGUGUGUGAAAGUGUUCGUGUGCGACUGAAGUCCUCGUGACUUGUUUGUUUGUCAUUCAAAAAUGUGCUGUAGUAAAUCAUUUGGAUUCCUUUGUUGGGAUAAUGGUCGAAAACCCAACACAUCACACUGUGCACUCAAACUCCAAUAAAACAAACAGCUUUGUUUCUAUA